AUGGCGACCGCGCAGCCCUCGCAGGUGCUCCAGAACUACCACCCCGACUGCGAGGCCGCCAUCAACGGCCAGAUCUGCCUGGAGCUGUACGCCUCCUACGUGUACAUGUCGAUGGCCUACUACUUCGACAGGGACGACGUGGCCCUGAAGCACUUCUUCCAGCUGUUCCUGCAGCAGUCGCGCCAGAAGGGAGAGCACGCCAAGAGGCUGAUAUGGCUGCAGAACCAGCGCGGAGGCCGCCUCCACCUUGGCGACAUCAAGAAGCCAGACCCUGACCACUGGGAGAGCGGCCUGAAGGCCGUGGAGUGUGCGCUCCAGCUGGAGAUGAACGUCAACCAGAGCCUGCUCGAUCUGCACCAGCUGGCCACCGACAAGGCGGAUCCCCAUCUGUGCCACUUCCUGGAGAGUCACCUCCUGCUCGAGGAAGUCAAGUCCAUGAAGGAGUUGGGAGACCAUCUCACCAACCUGCUCAAGAUGGGGGCCCCAGCAGACGGCCUGGCAGAGUACCUCUUCGACAAGCUCACCCUGGGGGACGGCAGUAAGAACUGAGUUUG